AGCAACCGUUCUUGCUCACCGACUGUCAUGUGGCGUCAGGCACGCAGCUCCCACGUAGAACAUUCCGCGUCAUUGCUGCAAGCGAUCGAAACCAGGUGCGAUGUGUGGUGCGAUUCAGUGUUAAAAUAAACAUCAGCCAAAAGUGUUGAGGACAGCACAUCAAUUGCUUGUGGCCGUAAUCGAACUCUCGUUGUUCGGCUCAGCAAUGUUCUGCUGGUGCAGCUUCGUCUACGUCCUGUUCUUUCUGGGCUCAUUCUUGGCAAUCGGCCUGCUGACGGUGUGUUUGCUGUUGCGACAGCUCAUAAAAUUCCAACGCCGGAAGCGGACCGAUCCGUCCGUCAAGCAUGUAGCAUUCUUCCACCCGUACUGCAAUGCGGGCGGUGGCGGCGAACGGGUCCUGUGGUGCGCCAUCCGGGCGCUGCUGACCCGGUACGAAAACAUCAAACUGUUCGUCUACACCGGCGACACGGAUGCGAAGCCGGCCGACAUACUAGCCAAGGCGGAGCGUAGCUUCAACCUCAAGCUGGCGGCGGAUCGCAUCACCUUCGUGUACCUCAGCAAGCGCUGCUGGGUGGAAGCGUCCAAAUACCCGCACUUCACACUGCUCGGGCAAAGCUUGGGCUCGAUUGUGCUCGCGUUUGAGGCGCUGCUCAAGCUGCAGCCGGACGUGUUCAUCGACACGAUGGGGUACGCAUUCACGUAUCCGGUGUUUAGCUACUUCGGUGGGUGCAAGAUUGGCUGCUACACGCACUAUCCCACCAUCAGCACCGACAUGCUGCGGCGCGUCCAGUCGCAGACGCAAUCGUUCAACAAUCGAGGCUAUGUGGCGAAGAACCCGUUUGCCACGUGGCUGAAGAUCGUGUACUAUCGGCUGUUUUCGCGCAUUUACGGCUGGGUCGGGCGGUGCGCCGACACGGUGAUGGUGAACUCGUCCUGGACCGAGAACCACAUCAUCUCGCUGUGGGAUGUGCCGUACAAGACGCACCGCGUCUAUCCGCCGUGCGAGGUGUCGCAGCUGAAGCGGCUAGAAUCGCUGACGGACGAGCGGGACGAGCAGAUCAUCAUCCUGUCCGUCGGCCAGUACCGGCCGGAGAAGGACCAUCCGCUGCAGCUGCAGGCAAUGUACGAGCUGCGCACGCUGCUCAACAACGACGAGGCGCUGUGGAACCGGCUGAAGCUGCUGAUCGUCGGCUCGUGCCGGGACGAGGAGGACCGGGUGCGGGUGAAAAACAUGCAGGAUCUGGCGAAGCAUCUGUCGCUGGAAAACGCGGUCGAGUUCCGGGUGAACGUGCCGUACCGGGAGCUGCUCGAGUGCUACCAGCGGGCCACGAUCGGGCUGCACUGCAUGUGGAACGAGCACUUCGGCAUCAGCGUGGUGGACUGUAUGGCGGCCGGGCUGAUCAUGGUCGCGAACCGCUCCGGCGGACCGCUGAUGGACAUUGUCGAAACGUCCGAGGGCAGCCAGAACGGCUACCUGGCGUUCGAUGCGUACGAUUAUGCGCGCUGCAUCGCCAACAUACUGUACAACACGCCGGAGUACAAUGCGCGCAUCCGGGAGGCGGCCCGCGCCUCGGUCGAACGGUUUUCCGAGAAGGAGUUCGAGAACGGAUUUCUGCGUGCGAUUUCACCAAUCAUGGAUUGAAGCUUCGCACAGCACCGUUGUACCCCAAAGCUCAAGAACCUCUGUAUACACAACGAAGGACUUUCGGAGUUAGCUUUAAUUGCUCUGUUGCAUCGUUUCUUCAUCUACAUUGUAAAAAUGUUAGCAGCAACGAGAUCGACCAGCGUACAUGUGGUGAGCGAAAGUAAUAUCUAUGUGCAAUCAAUUUUGGCGACCGCGCACAAUCUUGUUAUUAUUAUUUUUGAAUUUAUUUGAUUUAUAUUGUUCUUUAACCGUGCAAAAGAUGUGAUAUGUAGUAUAUUUUGGAAGUACUGGUAUAAUUUCAGCGUUACAAUAUUCAGAUUAGUCCUUCGAAAUGUCAGCGAAAGCCUUAAGCUUAUAAUAUUUGAUAAUUUUUCUGCAUGCUCGAAAUAUGAUAGAUCCGGACACACGAAAUUAAGCUUAACAUUGAAGCUAUAUGGUCAGACCUUGAAGUAUUUUUUGUGGAUAUUUGAAGGACAAGCCGAGUCCCUUCUGGCAGCAUUGGUUAACGAUUUUUCGAUAAAUACCUACCUGCAUUUUGAGCAGGGUAAGAUGUUCAAGCAGUUAUUACUGCAAUAACUUUCCUUCUUUCAUCAUUCUGUUCUCUCAGUUCUGUUCAAGGUUAUUUUUAACCUUUCGUUUCGUUUACAUUAUGCAGCCCUUUGCCUACCCGUGAACCCAUGUACUCUAUGGAUAGUGAGCGUACAAUUCGAAUUACAAUUCGAACAAAAAUAAUUCAUGUUUUUUAUGUGUGCGUUUGUAACCAGCACUGAAGCGUCGUGAUUAUUUACGAUCGUUGACCAUAAUUUUUGGUAUGGGAUAUUCCACUCCUUUACACUCGAUAAUGUGUUUCCCAUCGCUUUUUUUCUACGAUGUUCAAGGCAAUACUUCGUUCCUUGAUGUCUACGUAAUGAGAAAUGAACAAUGUGUUCGUAGCUAUGUGUAGCUUUGUUCAGUAGGGUUCUAAGUUUUAGUACUAUUGGUAUGGGGAGCCACUGAACCACUGUCUCCACAUCAAUGAUAGAACAUUCGAAGACAUAUGCUCUUCGUGCUCAAGGCAAUGUUUUUCGAGAAUAUUUAUUACAUUCACCUGAACAUGUCCAUGGACAUGGCGAUGUGCCUAAACGUAAAAAUCCUUUUUUUUUUAAUUCUUUCUACAUCCAUUUAAAAGUGAUAUACCAUGCUCAUUUCUAGAAUAGUAGCCGUACUAAAUCCUUCAUCAUUAAGGUUUAGGAUGUACCGUUCUUACGUGUAACGUUCUUUAUCGCUUGUGUCAUUUAUUUAUCUGAUUUUUAACAGCAGUUUAUUUGUCCGUUUUUUCCGUUCCGUAGAAGUAUUCUAAUCGCUUUUCACCAUUGGUGUCGCCAGAGAUAUCUUUUUUCUGUUCUCUUUCCGUUGAUGAUUCGUUCACUAGUUAUCUUGUGUCGAACGCAAUGUGUUUUAUUUAUUGAAAGUCUUUCAAUUCAUGAACCUCUUUCUUUAGCGCAAAUAUCUCACUAUGUUCUUCGUUACUGGAUUCUAGUUUUACGCUACAUGCAUUUAUCUUCGCUCCACUUGAGGCAGGAAUGGGUAGAGAGAUAAAUCAAAACUCUUUAAAUAAGGAGUCGAUAGAUGUAGUCGUUGUAAGUUAACCUAGUGCUGCAAUCAAGUGUGGAAUGAUUGUAACAUAUUUGACGGGUUUUAAAGACAUACUUAGAAUUAUUAUUAAUUAGGUUACUGGAUACCGGUAGCCCAACGCCUUUUAUAAUUCAAAACUUCUUGCUACAGGAAGCGAAAAUCGCGUAAAAGGCGUAAACCUUAUCACAUUAAACAUACUUAUAUUAAUAUUACUAGUUACGCGUGACUGCGUCUGAUUGGUGAAUGUAGUAGUUUUCGAAGUUUGAGCAAUCUAGGUAUCCUGCCGGUACGCAUCGGAAGAGUAAGAAGUAAUUUGUCCGCUUCCAUAUGUACAAUACGUGCAGAUUGUAGCGUACAUUGCAUACUUAAAUAACAACACGUUCAAGUAGCGCGUUCAUCUCCCGAUCCAUGCAUUUCGAGAUUUAAGACAAAGCUUUUUUGUUGUACGACAUUCGAGUGUUUGAUGGGUUUUAAAGAGAUAUUUGGAAUUAUUAUUAAUAAGGUUACUGAUACAUGAUUUUUGUUCUUAACGAAAUUGGACAAAUUGGAUCGUCUUGCGCUUUCGUUUGAAUAAUCAGGCUCUGAUACUCGGUACAAUGUUUACCUCGACCCAUUGUUUCACGUAGCGACUAACGCGCACAUCCUGGUUUGCCAAAUAACACUUAACUGUUCGCGAUGUGUGCUUUGAGUCGUUAUCAUGCUGAAAGAUGUAAUGCUCUUCGCUUCCGAAUGUUUCUCGAGCGUAUGGCUACAUCUUACGACUAAUUCUGUGUUUCUGUACUAAGAAUUAUUAUUAAUUAGGUUAUUGGAUACCGGUUGGUUUUCGAAGUUUGAGCAAUCAAGGUAACCUGCCUCCUGCCGAUACGCCUCGGAAGAGUAAGAAAUCUCCUCUGAUACUCGGUACAAUGUUUACCUCGACCUAUUGUUUCAUGUAGCGACUAUUUCUCUCCGGUUAGAUUUUGUGUUUUACUUUCGCUUUCUGUUUUCUGUCAGUUAUGCUGACGUGUAUUCUAAUUAGUCGGUUGCGCGUCCGUCUCAACACGCAACGCACACGAAAUGCACGUCUUGGCCCAAGCUAUUGCGCAGCUAUCCCAAGCACACACAUACACGUCGUUCGUAGGAAUUUCGUCAACAGCAAAUUCCCAGUCGCAUACACCUUUAUCCUCCAAUAUCACGUUCUCCCGUUUCUUUUCUUAUCCGCGUUUUAAAAUCUGUCAGCCACGCAGCAAAAUCCACUGAGCCAUCUGCACAAAACGCCUCUGUACGCGACGGGUGGUUCAACAAUACUAUAUUUGGACAUCACUCUUCAGGUAUAAUUCUUAGAGCACGAGGGUGGAGUUUUCGGAUGUUUCCUGAAUAUCACUGAUGUUUCAGGUAGAGGACAAACACAACUGAAUUAAUUACACAUUUCACUUAGUUUUGCAAAUCGAGACUUGACCGACAAAGACUUAACAGCACCACUUCACAACUGCACGUACUGUGCGUAACUGUGAUUUUAACUGUCUCCGACUGUCUGUAGCAUCUGUCAAUGUGUUUUAAACUAUCAUGCAGUUGUUUUAAUCUUUCUACUAGUAGUUCUAUUUUUGUUUCAUUAUUCAUCAUAUUAGUUUAUAAAUUAAGAGUUAUGCAGUACCUUGGAGUUCUCGUAGAUGGUGUCCUGUCCGGUGUCCGGUGUGAUCCACUGUCCCUAGGUUCAGGGAUGUCUUCUCUCACCUCCCUGUCGGACAGUGAGCCCGUUUGAAGGUUAUUAUGUGCAGCUUUCGCUGCUUUUGUCUUACGUCGUUCCGUUAAAGUCAAUAGUUACAGUUGAUCCAUCAUAAGGUGUGUUUCAAUAAGGAUCAUAUGCAUCUGCAUCGAUUUGGUUAUGUUUUUACCUUUCGAGGCACGUUUAAUUAGUCGCAUGGUAACCUUAUGCAGCCUUUUACGCUCUGCCUCUUCAUGCAGCAUAGCCGUCAUGUGGUGUAGCUCGUUCCACUUGUUUUCCAUAAUGAUGAUAUGUCUUUUCUGUCGUUCCCGUAUUUAUAGCACUUUUGUCACCUCACUUUUAAAUGUUUUUGUUAUACUUAUUUCUUUUUCUGGUGAUUCACUUUUUCGUAGUUUUUCUGCUUUUGGUUUAACCUUUUCACUCCUCUAUAUGGCUGUUUAUUUCCAUGUUUUUACUUUCGCUGUCAUUUGCAGUCGCAACCACAGUGCUCCAUAACAAAUGAGCUCUCACUAGUAAACCUUGCACUUCGUCCAGCGUGAUGGACAGGUUUUUUGAUUCAAUGAAAAUAGUUACUCCUAUUUCAUGCAAUUCUGCUUUUAUAUAUUCCCUAAUGCAUGGCCUAUCGAUGCGUGCCUUGAUCAUGUGCAACAUCCAGUUUAUGGUUUGUACUAGCUCGAAUUCAAUUGUGUCAUCCAUCCUAAUUGUCUAUAUAUUUUCAUUUUACACUUUUCUGCUCGCUUUAACUCGUUUUAUUGUCUUUUACUUUGGCAGCGAUAAAAUUUUUAGUGCUCUAUCGUGAGCCUGUUUUGAUAAAAACUUGUAUAUAGCCUUUAACACUUUACACACGAUUAUAACUGAGAGUAAAAUUAUGAGGAUGUUUAUUUUAGCAUCUUGUGAUAAAUGCUGUUCCGUGUGUAUGUUUUGAGUUUGUAUAAUUGUUAGAUCCUCAUUGCCUUUUAUUUUCGUUUACGGCUUGGCAUUACCACUGCCCAUUAUUAUAUUGUAAUCACUGUCUGCUCUUUUAUAUCACUUGUCACUAACUUACUGUACUAGUGGCACUAGUGCCGACGCGAUCUUAAUAAUUUCUACUGGCGAAGUCAUUGUUCGUGUAAUGUUAUCUUGAUUUUUUUUUUCGUGAAACUGGAUGAGUUCCGUUAAUUCACAGUAGAUUUUCCUACUGCUUCGUACCAGAUUAUUUAAUUCCUCUUCCCUUAUUUUCCCUUCAAGUCUGACAAGGUCGAUCUGUAAUUUUUCGUACCCGUCGCUAAUUUGUUUUUUAAUGAUUCUAAGCUGACACGACCUAAAAGUUUUUGCAAUAUCUUUCAGCCGGUCUUUAAUGGUUUCUAGGUUUGAAAUAUGUUCAGUUAGUGAAGAUGCCAUGAAAUAAUUUGACUACUUUUUUUUUCUUUAGUUAUCUAUAAUUUCAUUUAUUGCGAGAGCCUUAACGUUUUCAACUGUGGCUGCCGCAGUAUCUAAACCUCCUUUUCUCGGUGUAGCCCUCUUACAGAAAAUGACGCUUUCUGUAGACGCAAGAAUCUUUGAAAGGGUUACCUUCUCGUGUUGAUUGAACAUCCAUUGCACGAACUGCAGUGCUUUCCUGUAGUUACUGCGUGCUGCUUGCUGUUGUUUUUUGAUAUUUGCUCGCAUCUCGUCGGGGCUGUUUUCUGCGUCUGGUUUCGCUGUCGCUUCCAUCUUGCAGAUGCUGCCUCGGCUUUGAAGGGGAGCCUUAACGAUUUCAACUGUGGCUGCCGCAGUAUCUAAAGCUCCUUUUCUCGGUGUAGCUCUUACAGAAAAUGACGCUUUCCGUAGACGCAAGAAUCUUUGAAAGGGUUACCUUCUCGUGUUGAUUGAACAUCCUUUGCACGAACUGCAGUGCUUUCCUGUAGUUACUGCGUGCUGCUUGCUGUUGUUUUUUGAUAUUUGCUCGCAUCUCGUCGGGGCUGUUUUCUGCGUCUGGUUUCGCUGUCGCUUCCAUCUUGCAGAUGCUGCCUCGGCUUUGAAGGGGAGCCUUAACGAUUUCAACUGUGGCUGCCGCAGUAUCUAAACCUCCUUUUCUCGGUGUAGCCCUCUUACAGAAAAUGACGCUUUCCGUAGACGCAAGAAUCUUUGAAAGGGUUACCUUCUCGUGUUCAUUGAACAUCCAUUGCACGAACUGCAGUGCUUUCCUGUAGUUACUGCGUGCUGCUUGCUGUUGUUUUUUGAUGUUUGCUCGCAUCUUGUCGGGGCUGUUUUCUGCGUCUGGUUUCGCUGUCGCUUCCUUCUUGCAGAUGCUGCCUCGGCUUUGAAGGGGUUGUGUUUGUUCUUUUGCUUUGCUGCGUUGAUUCUUCCGGCUGGGCGCUGAUGCUUCGCUUCCUGUGCUGCUCGGGUUGGAAUGCGCACUUUUCACUCACUCACUUGGUAUUUAUACCUUUUUAUUUUGGCAGUGACAAAACUUUGAUGGCUUGUUUGUGUGCCUGUGCUAUAACCAUUUUGUACAAUGUUUUAAAUAACUUAACCACACAAAUGAUGACCAUAAGCGCCAGAAUCAAAUUUAGUUUCAGUUCGUGGUCUUCGUGUUGCUCAGUGCGAUCGAUCCAUGACAAAUUGGAUCGUCUUGCGCAUUCGUUUGGAUAAUCAGGCUCUGAUACUCGGUACAAUGUUUACCUCGACCUAUUGUUUCAUGUAGCGACUAUUUCUCUCCGGUUAGAUUUUGUGUUUUACUUUCGCUUUCUGUUUUCUGUCAGUUAUGCUGACGUGUAUUCUAAUUAGUCGGUUGCGCGUCCGUCUCAACACGCAACGCACACGAAAUGCACGUCUUGGCCCAAGCUAUUGCGCAGCUAUCCCAAGCACACACAUACACGUCGUUGGUAGGAAUUUCGUCAACAGCAAAUUCCGAGUCGCAUACACCUUUAUCCUCCAAUAUCACGUUCUCCCGUUUCUUUUCUUAUCCGCGUUUUAAAAUCUGUCAGCCACGCAGCAAAAUCCACUGAGCCAUCUGCACAAAACGCCUCAAUUCCCUCUUCCACGUCCCUAAAGGAGUAGGGCUGCUGCACUAUGCUCGGCUCUUCCUUCGGUGCUGCAAUGCUAGCUGCCGCUUCAGAUUUUUCAUCCACAUCAUGAUAUUGAUCCAUAGUAGAAACAUCCGCGCUGGACAUUUCUUCACUUUCUACUAGUAAUCUAGCCAUUUCUUCUGUGGUUCCCGUUGAGGGCAACCCUUUUUGCUGGCACCUUUUCGCUAGGCCAGUCUUCGUGAAUUCUUCACACAGAUCAAGAAUGCGCUGUUCCAGCUCAUCCAUUUUUGAUCGGUCAACUUGUUUUGCCAAAAUCAAUCGGUCACAGGAACACUUUCCUUCACUUUGACUGAUUCCGCUCACCUCACACUCACAGCCAAAUCGAGUUAAGUCAAUCGGUCACAGGAUCACUUUUCCUUCACUUUAACUGACUUUCAGUCCACUGAACCGAAAUUUGAGUCUAACUCUGAUCACUAAAUCAAUUAGUCAUGGGAUCACUUUUCCCUCACUUUAAUUGAUUUUCUUAGAUCAAUCUACUCAACGUUGUAAUCACUUUUGUCUGGAUGUUCAUCCCACAAGCUACACGUAAAACCACUGUUGUCUAGAUGUUCAUCCCACAACUACACGUAAAACCACUGUUGUCUGGAUGUUCAUCCCACUUCUGACAUCAAAUGUGGAGUUUUUUAUUCGAUUUAAGACAAAUAACUCUUUAUUGAUGACUUCAGUUCACAACAUGUUAAUCGCUUCGCGGUCCGAAUUCAACUCCCCGCGCUUAACCCGCGCUCCCGAUUUUAACGCUGCUCUCUCGCAACUCGUUCCUAGUUCGUUCUCGUUCUCCUGAUCUCGCUACCGUUAUUUCUCUCUCCCUACCACUAGCGCUUUUCCUUUCUUACAUAUAUUAACCCUAAAUUUAAACUAGAUUUUAACGAGUUUUUACCCAAAAUUGAAGUCAAGUGCUUCCGACGUCAUUAUUGCGUCUUUGUUUGUUAUUCUUUUUUUGUCUGAACAAUACCGACUCCACAGCCGAUACCAAUUAUUUACUCACCAUAAUUACAUAAUCUGAUUUCUAAUAAGCCUUUAGGCUCAAUGUCUUUAUAAAAUAUAAAAACAUUUACGAAAGUGCAGUGCGUUACAAUAUUUCACACGCCUUUCAUCCCUUCGGUGUGUACACAAGUGAGGUCAGCACCGAACAGUGGUAAGGCCACAUAGUGGUCACCACAACUUAUGCCAAUCCUCUCAUGUCGUCCACUGAAAGUAGGAAUAGCACAAAUGGCAACGACGUCUGCACUACAACAGACGCAUUCACUAGUAUGGGUGUCAUUGCGUCUUCGUAUAGCACGCGAAAUUCUUGAUAAGUCGCGUUUUCACUUUGAUGAUCACUUGCUGAUAAGCUUUUGAACAACCGUUGAUAUGAUAUGAUCCAGAAACUGUACAUUUGCAUCUUCCACCGCCCUUUGAUAAACUCUCAACCAUGUGUUGGAUAAUUCACUUUCUUCGUCAGCGGAUUCACGCGAAAUUCUUGAUAAGUCGCGUUUUCACUUUGACGAUCACUUGCUGAUAUGCUUUUGAACAACCGUUGAUAUGAUAUGAUCCAGAAACUGUACAUUUGCAUCUUACACAGCCCUUUGAUAAAUUCUCAACCAUGUGUUGGAUAAUUCACUUUCUUCGUCAGCGGAUUUUUGCGAAGCGUCCCUUCUUCCACUUACUUCGUCGUUUACUAUUUGUCACAUAUGAUCAGUUUGAGUCCAUUUCCUCGAAAUGCGCUUCUGCUGCAUGUCCCUCAUCUGACUUGCUCCUUGCAGAUUUUUUAAAGAUGUGGCCAAAUUUGUUACCCUUCCAACACUUAGGACCUUGCAUCCUUUACAUGAUAGUAAUAUUGCGGUUCUUAAAAUAAAAUUAUUCUACCUCUCGCAGCAUUACUGUCUUUCGCGAGGUUCACGGCCUCUACUGUUUCAUCUGCUUUGGAAAUAGGCUCCACAGCGUCCCACAGAUCCUCGAUCUCUAGAAAGAUUUCCUACAAAUUUCCACGUUGAUCGUUGACCGACUAGUCGUUCGAUAUCGGUGCUCGAUUCCCAACCAAUUUGAUACGUUAAUAAUUAUACCAGUACCAUUCCAAAAUUAUAUACAACCGAAAUAAUCUCCUUAAUUUCAGCACGUUUAAUAUAUUAAUCUGAAAAAAACAACAUGUAUAUUAAUAUUAAAACCAAGUUCAGUUUCGCUUCUUCUCAAUAUCAAAGCUCCUGUACGACACUUCAUGUGAGUGUUUUACGUAUUAAAUCUUAAAAAUAAUUAUUUCGGUCGCCAAAAGAUUGCACAUCGGUCUAAGCUGAAUAGAAUUGCCGGUUACAUUUUCAUUAAGAACAGUUUUUUUUAAUAUACACGAUGCCUGCCUUUAGUGCUGUUACAGUAUAUAAGCUUUAAUACCACAUAUCGGGGUUUUCCGAGUUUGGCGUCACGUUUUGCUAUCGCCUCGUAUGACGAGCGAAUUAGCUGGACGUAUCCACUAUAAUCAUUUGAAAAGCGUCCGAGACGCUUACACAACGUUCCCGAUGAUGCCCCUUCUAUUAAUACAGAAGAUUUAAGCAACGGGUCGUUCUUCUCUGCACUUGGCGUUGAAGACAUAGCCCGGGGUUGGAAUGCGACUGCUUGAGCAGCAGUGUCUUCGCGGUCGAUCGGUUUUCCGACUGAUUUCGCCAGGCCGACGGGUUUCCUAUUCUGAGUGCGCGGAGGUACGUCGUCUGGGUUCGCAACCGGUUCUUUUGCACGGAUCGUGCGUGGGCGGGGGUUCGCUUUAGGAUUCAUAGCGGGGGGUUUGACUACUAGUCGAGGAACCGAUUUUCAACUGAAUCUGAUUAAAAAUGAUGGUUUUAUUUUACCGGCGAUAUAAUAUAGUCUCCCCUCUAGCAUAAGACGGUAAACUAGACUUUUAUUUGGAGCGUUCGUGCUCUAUAAUCAACCAAAAGUAAAUUGUAAAUUUAAAAAUGUAAAAUUACAUUUCUGUCGAAUUAGGUGAAGUCUAAUUAGGCCGAAUUAGGCUAGUCGAAUUAGGUGAAGUCAAUUGGUGUUAUAAAGUGAAAUUUAUUGUAUAGUGUUUUAUUUAAUUGUAUAGAAUUCGCGCAGGUUUAAAACUAAAAUUUUGAACUGUAAUCUAUAAUAAAUAUUUAAAAACGAUAAUUAAAAA